AUGUCAGUAGAUGAGAAUUAUCAGGUGGGUGAGGGCAAGUCUGCCCCUGUUAAUACCACCAACUCCCUGGAGGAUUUAGAGGAGUCAAUUAUGGCAACCUCCAAAGAGGAACAGGACUCUUCACCUGAGAUUAUUGUAGAACCUGUGGAUGGUGAUAAGUACACUCUGAAACAACAAGACUUACACCAUAAAGAUGGUGGGUUAAGGAAAAGCACCAGCUUCCGAGCUUUGGUGAGGAAAGGUUUUACAAAAAGUGAUGAAUCUCCAGGAUUACUUUCUGUUCCUAAGGCUCAGCUUCCUACUGCUAAAAGGUCCAAGAAGAACAAUAGCAGGGGGCUGGUUAACUUUUUGUUUGGGAUAAAGGACACACAAAAAGUACAUUCCUUGUAUGCAGAGGAGGAGGAGGAUAUAGAGGACAAUAGUGUACCAGUUUCAUACUCUUUAUGGCAUGCUGUUAGAGAGAAUGAUAGCAGAAGUGUCACCGACCUAUUGGCUAACUCACCCGAUCUUGUCGAUGAGGUGGACAACUUAGGAAACUCUCCUUUACAUCUAGCGGCCAAACACAAUGCUGUAGCAGUCAUGUCAGUUCUGAUCAGGCACAAUGCUGAUGUGAAUAAGGAAGGACCAUACAGAUACUGCCCCUUACAUACUGCAGCCAGACACAAUAACUGCGAGGCAGCACAAGUGUUGAUACAAUCACGGGCCAACCUAAUGUGUCAGGAUGCUAAAAUGAAGACUCCCCUACACCUGGCAGCCAGACAUGGUCAUCUACAGAUGGCAAGGACCUUGCUGACAGGAGUGGGAGGCCAUGUUGCCGUAAAUGCUGUGGAUGAAGAUGAACUCACCCCUUUAUUUGAUGCUGUGAUGCACCGACAAACAAAAAUGGCCAUACUACUUAUAGAGAAAGGAGCUAAUAUAUACGCUGAAGACAUUAAUGAAACACUGGCCUUUCACUUUGCUUCUGCUGAGGAACUGAUUGAUUUGUUGGAGCUAUUUAUGGCAACAGGUGAAAAUCUGUAUGGUUUGGCUGGUAAGGACCGACUGAUAACACACAGAGAUAAUGAGGGAAACACUGCCCUCCACAUGGCCAUCCUCAACAACAAACUCAAGGCAUCUGAAUACUUACUAAGGAAGGGUGCAUCAGUGAAUUCAAGAAAUGGCUCCCAUUCAGCUCCAUUGCAUAUGGCUGCUGUCAAUGGCAAUGUACCAAUCACGGAACUGCUUCUAUCCUACAAGGCCAUCAUAGACAGGAGGGACAAAGAACAUAUGACUGCCAUUCACAGAGCUGCAAUGUUCAACAGGUAUCAGAUUAUCGAGAUCUUGUUGAAUAAGGGUGGAGAUGUGAAUGUAAAGAGUGAGGAUCAGAUGAGUCCCUUGAUGAUGUCAUGCUGGAAAGGUCACGUACAGACAACAAACUUCCUGCUGAAAAAUGGAGCCCAGAUUGAUCAGGCCGAUCAGACCUGCAGAACUGCCCUCCAUUUAGCUGUUCAGAACAGUCACCCUGAGGUCAUCACCCAGCUACUGCAACAUGGCUGUUCUUCUGUGAUGGAAUGUUUGGACCAGACAGACCAAACAGCACUUCAUUAUGCUGCCAAACUUGGGGACAUGAAUAUAUUAUGUGCACUUCUGAAGCACAAGUCUAGGUUGGAUGCUAGAGACCAGGAUGGCAAAACACCACUGCAUGUCGCUGCUGAGUACAGUAAUGCCAAAGUAAUAGAUAUCCUGAUGCAGGCCAGUCAAACAGAACUCAAUGAUCCAGACAGUGAUGGUAAAACUCCAAUCAUGGUAGCAGCAGAGAUGGGAAACUAUAACACAGCCCAGGCAUUGUUGUACCAUGGAGCAGACCUCUCUAUGAGGGAUGAAGAAUAUAGGACAGCUACCAUGCUGGCUACGGGUGCUGGACACACAAAGCUGGUCAAACUGCUGCUGAAUAAUUAUGCAGAAAUUAAUAUCAGUGACAAGGUCAAGAACACGCCACUACAUAUAGCUGCUUAUCAUGGGCAUUCUGACACUGCCAAACUGUUGUUGUGUCGCAAUGCCAAAGUCACAAGUAGGAACAGCUACGGAAAGACAGCGAUUGAUGCUGCAAUUGAAAACAAGCACACAGACGUUGUGAUAGAGAUGCUAAAGCACACAAGCUGGCGGGACAGUAUGGAGAUGAGGGAUGAAGAUGGAUUUACACCUAUGAAGCGUCUUAUAGAGAAAGUUCCAGAGGCUGCCUUGGUGGUGAUGGAUAACUGUAUGGAAUACUCAGACCACAGGAAGGAUGAUCUACAAUACACAGCAAAGCAUGACUUCAAGUUUAUAGACCCUGGACCAAGUGACCCAUGCUGUCAACAGAUUAGAUACUUCGCUGUACAUACAAUGGUGGAGAAGAAGCGUGACGACCUUCUGGGCCACCCUCUUGUUCAAAGUCUUCUCCUCAUGAAGUGGAGGAACUUUGGGCGUGUCUUGUUCUACCUUAACUUAGCCAGUUACUUUUUGUUCUUGAUCAUCCUCCUCACUUACAUGGCUCUAGUACCAAAGAUUACCACUGGUAUAUUGGACGAUGUGCGGUCUUGUCCAGUCAUAGUCAAUGCCACAGAGGCAGAAGACCCUAUACUUCUGGCCAGUCUGAAGGCGGAGGGAAGUUAUUCUUACAGGAAAGUUACAAAUCCUGUGGCAUUAGCAUUUAACAACAUACUGAUUGGCAUCACAAACUUUUACUGUAUCAGAGAAAUCAUCAGCAUCCUAGUAAUGAGGGUGCACUAUUUCAAGAAUAUAAACAACUACUUGAUCAUAACAAUGCUGGUAUCGACCUUGUUUUUCCUUAUACCAAGUGGUUAUCUCCCUUGUGAGGCUGAGUGGAGAGCUGGAUGGAUUGCUGCCCUCUCAUCAUGUAUUCUCUUCAUGCAUAACCUGUCUGGGCUAGAUUCUAUAGGAAUAUACUUUGUGAUGUUCACAGAGGUGAUGCAAUCGCUGUUCAAGGUGAUGACAGUCCUGGUGUUGUUCCUUAUGUCUUUUGCCAGUGCCUUUGCUAUAACAAUGGCUCAAACACCCGGUCUCACACCUGAUAGUUGGUACCCAAUGACUGUUCUAUCCAUGACCCUUGGUGAAAUCAACUUUGUGGAUAACUACUCCAGUACCCUCAACACACCUUACACAAUAGACAACAUGUUUCUAAUGGGCAUGUUCAUGAUUGUCAUGCCAAUUGGUUUAAUGAACUUACUGGUUGGAAUUGCUGUGGGUGACAUAGACAAGAUACAGAAAGAGGCUUAUCUAACUCGUCUAUCACUACAGAUACAAAUGCUUUGCUCCUAUGAGGCUACAUUCCCAAGAAUCCUUCAGAGAAAGUUAUAUAAACGCAGAUUCGAGCUGAAGCCAAACAUGGAAAGCUUGUCAUGUUGGAAUCAGUUCAAGAAGAGAAUCUUAAAGGUGGAAAACAAUGACACCUAUCUAGAGGAAGAUGGAGGCGAUCCUACAACAGAUAUGUUGAACCAAAUUAAACAUGACAUGAGGAAGCAAAAGGCCAUGUUGCUACAGAUGCAGGCAGCACAAAAACAACAACAGGAGAUGAUGCGGCAGAUUUGUAGUCAUUUAGAUGUCAAUGUAUCACUAAGUCGCCUUUCACCUGUUGAUUCCGUCCGCUCAGAUAUGCUCAGUAGAAUGGACAUCACAUAA